GACUGGGCACUUCCUUUCGCUGAUCUUGACUCAUAGCACUUGGAGUCUGUCCUUACCCACAAGUUUUGUGCCACGUUCUCCUGCUUGCAAUGGACAGACAAGUGACAUAUGCUGAUUUAAACUUAUCCAGGGGUCCUUGCCUGGAAAGUUCAUCACCCCCAUCUCUUCCUCAGGACAUCUGUCAAGGUCCACCUUGGCAUCAGUUGGCUCUGAAACUUGGUUGUACUGGGGUUAUUCUUCUUACCUUGACUGUGAUUGGGUUGAGUAUUUCAGUAAUAUUCUUAAGACAAAACUUGUCAAUAGAAGAAAGCGGUGUGGAUGUUCACGAGAACAGGAAUGAAACAACAGAGAAACCAGAUCUGUUAAAGUGCCCAAAAGAUUGGCGUCUACUCCGAGAAAAAUGCUUGUUUUUUUCUCUCGCUUCCAACACUUGGAACUACAGUCUAGCUGACUGUUCCACAAAAGAAUCCAGUUUGCUGCUUUUUCAAGAUCCAGAAGAAUUGAGACACGUACAAAGCCUGAUACCUAAAAAAGAAUUUCUGUUUUGGAUUGGAUUAAAUUUAACAUUAUCAGAGAAGAAAUGGAAGUGGAUAAAUGGGUCAUUUUUAAAUCCAAACGUAUUACAUAUUGUUGGUUAUACUAAGAAAAACAGCUGUGUUUACGUCUCACCGACAGGAAUUUUUUCUGAGGACUGUGACACAGACAAUAAAUGGAUCUGCCAGAAAGAACUACAACCUGUCAGAAAUAAGGCGUUUUCUGGCUCUUGACUAUGCAUUCCCUCUCAAUUUCUCUACUUUCCAUCACAGGUCUCUGCAUCUAUACAGCUAACCUGGCCCGAUGUAUAUCUAGAAGCACAAAGUGAACCAAUACUGACUCUUCUAAAACUGUCGUGAAUCUUACAGAAGUUCACGGCUAACCUACUCAUUGUAUGAAUGAGGAAGCAAAUACAUAGGGAAACCAAGUAUCAUUUCAAGAUACAGUGAUGUUCCAUGGAGAGGAGCCCAGACCAGCUGACUGGUUUCCAGUCUUGGCCUAUACAUGUGGCCUUCAUUGAUCCCCUCUAUGCUUUAGCUCACCUCUAGAAAAGUUACAGUAAAAGAUUUCUAAAGUCCUGUGGAUAUUUCAUAGUCUAUGAUUUUUCAUAUUAUCACACAACUGGAUUGUUCCAGAACAUUGGCCUAAGUCCAUUCUCUUGACUCUGAUAUCAGAAUCUCAUGACCAAAGGAUCUUGGGAAGGGACCUAAACUCUUCCGCCAUUCCAGUGUUCUUCCUAUUUUAAUUUUCUCAUUACUUCUUUAUUUUCCUUCUAUGUCCCCUUCUCUCUAGGCUCACACACAGGCGGUAGGAAAUAUGUAAUUAAAUUUUUCAUUAUUUAGUGAAAAAUAAGUGAUUUUUUUCAUCAAAAGGGAAAUAUUUAUUCAGAUAAAUGUCGGGAGUGUUCACUUUUUAAAAAUAUGCCACAUUUUCUAUGGAGAUCAAACAAUAAUAAUCCUGGACUUAUUCUGUAAGGGGGUUUACAAUAAAAUUUCUGAAAAAUAGGUACCUACUUACUUUGAUCAUUCAAUGCCAAUUUGAAUUACACAAAUUCAAAUACAUAUAAUAAUGACCUAAAUAUUUCAAUUUCUGUUUUUCAUGAUGACUUAUAAUACUUGUUAAUAUAAAAUUUUGAAUAUACCCAAACCCCAAAGCAUAAUUCAUUUUGUGUCAGAUACUUGGGAAAUAAAUUACUUAGGGAGACAUUCUACACAAGAGCGUCAUUACAAACGAUGUAACAUAAAAGUGAGACUAUGAAAUGUUUGGCACCCUUGAGGAAAUGACCUGCAAAGAACAGAAACCUGUGUUGCAAGAAAAAAGUGUUUCCAUAACUGAUAACAUACAUUUCCACCUCUUGGAGUGACAUUCAGUUCCACCUUCUAAAGCGAAUCAGGAUAAGGCUAAGUGCAUCCAGUUAAACCAGAAUUCAUUCCAAACAUGGGCCUGUUCCUUCUCCUACACCUGUUAGAUCUGAAACGAAGUGCCCCAAAAGUGCACAUCCAUAAGAAACUUUUACAAAAAAAAAACUGACUCCAAGAACUUAGGGUCUUGGACUUUUGCUAUUGCAGUAUGAGGAAGGCAGUUCUAACCGUAUUCUAGGCAGAUUAAGAAAUAUUAGGUCUAAGGAACAAUUUUGGUUACGGUAUUUGAGUCAGUGUUGGUUGACAAUAAGCCGACUGCGACUCCAAAACACGUCAAAAGAGAUCCCGUGUCAUUCAAGAUCUGCCAUCUACGUUUUCUCUAAGCAGCCCAUACGCUCCAGGCACAGACGCCUUGCCUGUCUCCAGACACCUCCUGAUGUUUUAGGAUUACGGAGUUUCAUACCUGUUGUCCUGCAAGGGUGUGACGCUGUUUUCACGCAACAUCUUUAUUCUGUAUCUAGAAGAACCCUAGCAGUUGUGGAAGGCUUAACUCAAAUGGUAGUUCCUUUCUGAAUUUUUGCUCAAACUUCUCUGUCUCCCACAAUUUGUCAUUUAUUUCUCUUUCCUCCUCUGAAAUAUAAUGACAUUCCUCCUUUGCUGUCUUUUCGUGCGCUGCUUUUACACUUGUAAGGCUGGUUCCACGGCUCUCCUGGCUAGGGUUGGACAAGUACCAAGAUAGAACAAUGGAGGGAAGAAAAGAGAAGUCCCUGACUCCUUUUGACACAGUGAGCUAAGCUGACUAACUGGCACAGUAACAGUCUGUUUACGUUGUAGGAGAUUGACCUUGAAGCUGAACCAGUGAGACUCCCUCUGUUUCUUUUCUAUGUUACGUGGUUGGAUUUGAAGUCCAUUUGCUUCUGUUUGACCUUCCUACCUAUUCACUUCACCGCUCUCUUCAUUAGGCACCUUACCUGUUAAAAAGUAGGUCUCAUGGGAAAACAUGGUGGAAAAAACUAAAAACUAAAAAUAAAAUAUCCUCGCUACCUUAA